AUGUUAAAUGACUUCAUUGGGGUACAGAUGAAGAACGCAGUUUGGAUGCCCACAUGUGAACGUUACCGUGGACCGGUCCAUAUGGCUGUCUGCUAAUUAUACAUCUGAAACGUGGCUUAAAGAGUGAUGCCUCAGGUCUCAGUCAGCUGCAGCAACCAUGUCUGAUAAUGGAGAGCUCGAAGAUAAACCUCCAGCCCCCCCAGUGAGGAUGAGCAGCGCAGUCUUUAGCUCUGGGACAAAAGACCCCCUGUCCAGCAAUCACAGCCUAAAGCCUCUUCCCUUAAUACCCGAAGAGAGGAAAUCAUCCAGAAACAAAAUCAUAUCCAUCUUCUCUUACAAUGAAAAAGUAGGUAAGAAGAAAGAACGUCCUGAGAUCUCCCCACCUUCCGACUUUGAACACACUAUACACGUGGGCUUCGAUGCUGUGACUGGAGAGUUUACUGGUAUGCCGGAGCAAUGGGCACGGUUGCUCCAGACGUCAAACAUCACCAAGCUCGAGCAGAAAAAGAACCCACAGGCCGUGCUGGAUGUGCUGAAAUUCUAUGACUCAAAGGACACAGCUAAACAGAAAUACCUUAGCUUUUCAGCACCAGAUAAAGAUGGACUCCCCUCCGGCGUGUCGCCUGCACCAAAUGCUAAAGGAUCUCAGCCAACAAGAGCAGCAACAGAUGAUGAUGACGAUGAUGAUCCCAAUCCUCCAGUUAUUGCUCCACGACCUGAACAUACAAAAUCGAUGUACACACGAUCUGUUAUUGACCCAAUACCUCCCCCUGCUGGAGAUGCUGACAGUGCGGCAAGGAAUGCAGACAAGCAGAAAAAGAAGACCAAGAUGACUGACGAUGAGAUAAUGGAGAAGCUUCGAACUAUAGUGAGCAUAGGCGACCCUAAGAAGAAAUACACUAGAUAUGAAAAGAUUGGUCAGGGGGCCUCUGGAACUGUCUUCACUGCUAUUGAUGUAGCCACUGGUCAAGAGGUUGCAAUUAAACAAAUAAACCUCCAAAAGCAGCCCAAGAAAGAAUUGAUCAUAAAUGAAAUUCUGGUGAUGAAAGAGCUGAAGAACCCAAAUAUUGUAAACUUCCUGGACAGCUUCCUAGUAGGAGAUGAACUGUUUGUGGUGAUGGAGUACCUGGCUGGUGGCUCUCUCACUGACGUCGUCACAGAAACCUGCAUGGAUGAAGCACAGAUAGCUGCUGUAUGUAGAGAGUGUUUGCAAGCUCUGGAAUUCCUGCAUGCAAACCAGGUUAUUCACCGAGACAUCAAGAGUGAUAACGUGCUUCUAGGCAUGGAUGGCUCUGUCAAACUAACUGACUUUGGUUUCUGUGCUCAGAUUACCCCUGAGCAGAGCAAACGUAGCACCAUGGUGGGAACACCAUACUGGAUGGCUCCUGAGGUGGUAACCAGAAAAGCAUAUGGCCCCAAAGUAGAUAUAUGGUCGCUUGGAAUAAUGGCUAUUGAAAUGGUGGAAGGAGAACCACCUUAUCUCAAUGAGAACCCCCUAAGGGCUUUGUAUUUGAUUGCUACUAAUGGCACCCCCGAACUGCAGAACCCUGAAAAACUCUCUCCAAUAUUCCGAGAUUUCCUGAAUCGUUCUUUGGAGAUGGAUGUAGAAAAGAGAGGAUCAGCAAGAGAUCUCCUACAGCAUCCAUUCUUGAAACUUGCAAAACCACUGUCCAGCCUGACUCCCCUAAUCCUGGCUGCAAAAGAAGCUAUGAAAGGCAACCGUUAACAUCCAACCAAGACCUUCCUCCAGUAUGCCCUUUGCCUUGUUAACCCUCCUAGUCUUUUAUAAGUGCCACUCCUCGCCAGCUGAGACGACUAUCCACAGCCAGAGAAGACACAGACCAGAGAUUCACACUUUCUCCUUGUCCUGGCAGUGAAAGUACUGAUAGAGGACGUGGCACCCCCAUGCUGUGCAUCUUUCUUCCUGAAGAAGGAUAAAACUUAGUGGCCUUUUCAAAUCCCCAUCUUUUUGGGAUUUUGACUGCAUUAAUGGGAAUAAUUUUAUACGUCUGCGCCCUCUGAAGAUGCCGCCUGCUCUUGUUUUCUGGCCUUUUCUUGAUACUUGAAUAACUCUCAUGCCAGUGCCAGAGCUGUUCUCUCUUGCUGGCUUCUUUAUAUUCCAUUCGCUCACCCUGUGCCUGCCUUCACCACGGUCUUGUGCUUCGGGGGGCAGGGUGUGUGCCUAUGUUCCUUCUAUACAGGGGGGCUACCUCUCUGUCACCAGUCAAUUUUAUUGAUGCUCCCUGUUCAGGUUUCUAAUAUGCAAGGCAUAUUCUUGGUGGGGAGGUUCAUUGAAAACGUCUUAACUAGUUCUUCUAGAAUUGUUAGUUCUGCAAUAGGGAAAGGGCUGAGGAAGUGCGGACUGUCCUUGCCUGUGCCAUGCUAUUUCGAGAGAAUUCUUCUACAACAGUGGCCUUUUUUUUUCUAAUUAAUAUGGUCGCUUCUAUGUAAUCUCAAAAGUGCUCUUAAAAUUACACCCAAGGAGAAAUUCUUCGGAAAUUUGAUAAUUUUCUUAACCUCCUUCUGACACCUCGUAAUGUCGCAUUAAGGGAAGUUGUGCCAAAGUUACAACCAUUUUCUAUGCAGGAUAUUUUGUGUAUACUUUUUUUUUUUUUUUUUUUUUUAGGGUUAUGUCAAAAAUACUGUAAGAGAUGACAAAAUUAAGUGCCUGAUGAGUAUUUUCUUCUGUUGAGCUGCAGAAUCUCCAGAGCAUCGUAAAGAACUUUCUGGAACUACAGCCCGCCACUUAAAGUUGAUACUCCCUCCCCCGUCCCCACUUCCCUGUAGUGUUUUCUGAUUAGUCCCUGAUUUCUCUGUCUCCAGUCAUCUGUGGUUGAGGUGGAGCAUGUGCCAGAAGUCUAAAAUCUUCAAAGAAAUUGCAUCCAUCAUAUAGUCCUGUUUUUGUUUAGAAGGUUCCACACGUCCGAAACCUGUUUGUGAUCCACUGGACUAAAGGGAAUUCUUGUAUCAUGCUAUAUGGCAGCAUUAUUUGUUAUUCGUGUUCCAUGCAGGAAGCUGAACCUGGGUCUUGGACAUUUCACUGAAGUAUAGCUGACCCUGCCAACAUGAACAGUGUCCUCUAAUGAAAAAGCAGUAACAUUGGGAUAACGUGCCUUUACGUUGGCAAGCAGCCUAGUAAUUGAACCUCUGAUUUUCCACUGAUUGUGGUGGUUCUGUGCCCUCUAAACAUAUCUACUGCUGGUAUUUCGUUAUUCCACAUCAGUGUUGUAGAUCUUGUGAAGCUGCUGUGAAGGGAUUGAUCUAUUCUUCUAACUGCAAAGAUUUCUGUCACAGUCGUGUUAGUUUGCACUGUCAAAGCCAAUACUCUUAGUAGGUGCUACUGUCCACAAAAGUUCUGCAACAUCCCAAAAAAACCUUUCCUUAAGACGUGGAAGCCAGUGUGGUAUUGGAAUUUAUCUGUACGCGGGGGCAGUAAGGUUGUUAAUUAAUUAGUCUAUGGUUUUAUUGAAGCCGGUAUCAAAUCCAGAGAGAAGCGUGCUUUCAGGUUGGUAGAUGGCCAUGCCAAUGGUGCAAGUGUUCAGUUGCUUAGCUUGAUCGUAUUCCUGGUUUUGUGUUGGCCAGAUGUUGCUUCAAGACUGGCAGUAGCAUUCAGCGAACCCUAGUGUUUGUAACUGGCACAUAUCUAACAUUCUGUAAUAAGACAUAUAAAACCAUAGUGCAGACUGUGGACCAUGGGCAUCAGAAACAUGCAGUGCGUUUGUGUCGAGACGGUGUUUAGAUGUAGCUCUGUUCUGCUUAUGGUUCUCACAUUUAUCAUCAUUGGUCGGUUAUUAAGUCUUGACAUUUCCCCGUAGGAAUUAUACAUGGCUGAACUGUAGAUCGAAACGUGCUCGUUCUCUGAAGGGCUCUGUUCUUGGAGCAGUUUGUUGAUACGCUUAAUACCAGAGUUGGUAUUUAUGUGGCACCGGCCAAGAGUCUGUGAUUACUGCUUAGUAUA